AAAGAUCCCUUCUGAGAAGCAUUCUUCUUUUCUUUUUGCCCUGAUUGGGUUCUCUUAGAGGCCUACAUCGUGUUCAAGUCACCUAGGUAGUGUCAAAAGGCUCCGACUUUUGACCGGCGCCACUGCACCAGUAGCCACCCAACAUGGCUCCACAUCGGGAUGUCGCCCAGCAAGGCUCCAAGGUGUGCGUGAUAGGGGCCGGUCCUCUCGGCCUCAUGGCUGUGAAGAACAUGAAAGAAGCAGGGCUGGAUGUGACGUGUUUUGAGGCGAGGUCAUGGAUCGGAGGGAUAUGGAAGUACUCUGACGAUGAAUCUCUUUCUGUGGCAUCUACCACUAUAUUCAACAGCAGCAAGUACAGGAGUGCUAUAUCAGACUAUCCCUUCCCUGCCGAUGCGGAUGACUUCCCUACAUGGCGACAAAUGUGGGAGUAUAUGCAGGGCUACGCAGACCACUUCCAGUUGAGCCCUCACAUUCAACUCAACACACGUGUGACGCACGUUUCGCGAGAGGGUGACGCAUGGGUAGUUGAGCUUCUCACCAAGGACGGAUCUCGUCGCGAGUAUUUUGACAGGGUCGCUGUCGCAAAUGGGUCCUUUACGACUCCAAAACAGCCCAAGUUUCCGGGGACUGAAGAAUUCACGGGCAGGACUCUGCAUGCUAUCGAUUUUCAUCACCCCGAGACUUUCCAGGGCCAGCGGGUCUUACUGGUUGGCCUUCAUGCUUCCGCACAAGACGUGGCUGUCGGUCUGUCUGGGCAUGCUGCGCAGUUAUAUGCAAGCCAUAGGAAUGGUGUUGUCUUGCUGCCACGUUACGAUACCAAGGGUGCUGUGCUCGAUACUUCCAUGACUCUCAACAUCACGAGAUUCUGCUUAUUUGCGACAACAUGGUUUCCCAACACACUGGAUUGGCUAUUGAACAAAGCAAUUGUGGCUACAUCCAAAGCAGCAUUCCCCAACAUGCCGAAGUCGUGGAACUUCCUCCCAGCUCCAUCCAUCGCCACCACAGCGCCUUUGAUCGCGGACGAGAUAUACCCUCUUCUAGAGUCGGGAUUCUGCGAGCCUGUAGCUGCAGUUUCAAAGAUCACGGGCCCGAAGACAAUUGAGUUAAAGGACGGACGCACAUUGAACGACAUCGAUGCAAUUAUCUACACCACCGGGUAUGAUCUCUCGGCGCCUUUCCUCGAAGACAAAUACAACCCGCACGGCACACCAGACACGCCACCUCGCUUAUACCGCGGCACGUUCCCGCUCCAUGAGGACUCGAGGGUCCGCAAUUCGCUCGCCUUCCUCGGCCACGGUGCUGUCGCCUUCCCUGGAUUCGUCCAGCACGAGUUGGUCACCAUGGCAGUGUCACAGAUAUGGAGUGGAAACUCUAGCCUGCCUCCUCUGAGCGAAAUGCAGGCAUGGUACCGCGGCUUCCUGGAGUGGCGCCAAGAGAAGCUCAACGCUCAGAAGAGCGAGGCCACGUUCUACACGCUCAUCCAGCCCCUGACGGACCACCUGCGGUGGAUGGACAGUGCUGCUGGCACGGAUGUGUGGGAACAUUUUGGAUGGUUCAGCAGAAAGGCAUGGUCGUUCUGGUGGAACAACCGGAAGUUAUAUAAUCUCUGUGCUAAUGGUGUCUUCACACCAACGAUCUGGCGACUUUUUGAGAGCGGGAAAAGAAAGUCAUGGCACCAGGCCAAAGAGCAGAUUGUUCUCGAUAACGAAGCUGCUCAGUCGCAGGUGCGAAUUAGGCUCGAGAAGACAAAGCUCGCAGGAGACAAGAAGACCGCCUGA